AAUGGUGAAGCUGAAGGUUUUGGAACUGAGAGAGAACCACAUCAGUUCACUGCCUCGUUCAUUCAGCCGUCUCGUGGAGCUGGAGAGACUUGACAUUGGAAACAACGAGCUCACAGAAUUGUCUGAUGUGAUUGGAGGGUUGAGAAAUCUCCUGGAGCUAUGGUGUGACAAUAAUCAGAUAGCCACAAUCACACGAAGCAUUGGCAAACUGAAACAUUUGAUGUAUCUGGAUGCAAGCAACAAUCAGCUACAGGAGCUGCCUAGAGAGAUUGAAGGAUGCACCUCCUUAGCUGACCUUCACCUCUCAUCUAAUGACCUUGUGGAGCUUCCAGACUCCAUUGGCAACCUAAAAAACUUGAUAACCUUGAAAGUUGAUGACAACCAGUUGGCUUUUUUACCUAGGACUCUAGGAGGAUUGUCAUUGCUGUCAGAACUGAACAUGAGUGUAAAUGAUCUGGAAGAAUUGCCGGCAAGCAUUGGACUUUUGAGAAACUUGAGAACUCUUUAUGCAGAUGAGAAUCUGCUUCGGUUUUUACCAGCAGAGAUUGGCAGCUGCAAUGGAAUUACAGUGCUGUCCUUGCGAAACAAUAAGCUGACUUACAUUCCUGAUGAACUGGGUCGCAUCCCACGUCUUAGAGUUCUGAACCUGAGUGACAACCUUCUGCAGUACCUCCCUUUCUCAAUCAUCAAACUGAAGGAAUUACAGGCUUUAUGGUUGACAGAGAAUCAGACACGUCCACUAAUUCCACUUCAGUCUGAGUAUGAACCUGAGACAGGUAGGAAAAUUCUUACCUGCUACCUGCUGCCUCAAGGUGAACUAGCAGGUAAAGAACAGACAGCGACCACCCCGCAGAUACAUUUUGAAUUUGCUGAAGGUUCUGAUGAAGAGGGCACCCUGGUGCGUUGUCCCACCCCAUACCCAAAGGAACUGAAGCAGAAAGUGAGACAUGCCCGCAGUCUGGCCUUGAGACAGUUAAUCAACACUGACAGUGGGUCAGGAAAUAAUGAAGAUGCUGUGGGUGAUGCUGGUGACGAUGACCACACUGCCAGGUUGGCAGGGGCCACACAUGAGAAAGACUAUGGUAAUUCACAAGGAUCUGAUAAAGCAGAAAUGAGAAUGAGAGAAGGGAGGGGCAUGAGACCUGCAUCUCCACGACUCCAGGAAUCACAUCGUUUGUACAGAUAUGAUAAAGAAAAGCUGAUAAAAGACAAAGCUCGUAUGCAGCAUAGACUAUCAGUGCCAGAGUUUGACAGUGGGCUAAAUGGAAUAUUGAAAAAUGUACAAAAUCAGAAUAGAAAAGUCAAGCAAGAAGAGGCCUUUUUGCCUUGCCGCUCAGAUUCUGUGCCUAACUUGACAUCUGAUGAUAGCAAAGAAGUUAAAAUGGCUGCAAAAGACACUAAAACAUCAACUGUGUCAUCACCACUGACAUUUAAUGACAUUUACUUUAAGCAGCCAGUCUCCCAGCACAAACAACGAAGACCACGAAGGACACGAGACUAUCAUUCUGAUACAGAUCAUCUCAGUGAGAUUGAUCUUAACACUUCAGAGGUCAAGAGGUCAAGGAUGAUUCCAGCCAGGGGUGCUAACUCUGAAAUACUUUCAGUGCAGUCUCAACCCUUACCACAUUUGUACUACCAUCAAUACAAAAACAGUGGCAGGUGGAAAGAAACCACUGGAUGUGCCAGUGAUGUUGGCGGCUACAGUGGAGGCGGUGGUUCAUUCCCUACAGCAAAUGCAGCAGCUGCUGCAUUUCAGAGAAAAUAUCAACAGUUCAAUCACAGUUCACUUCAAAAUAUUUCACCUACUGAUUUCCAUUCAAGGGCAUGCACUCCAGAUUCUUCUAACCAUGCUCAUCCAAAUCCUGCUAUCAGUUCAGAAAUGUAUAAAUUCGAUAAAAGAACUUAUAAUGACUUUCAAAGACAUGACAGUAAAAUUAAUGACUUCAGAAGGAAUACCAAAAGCCAGCAAGAGUACACACAGAGAACAGUAAGGACUAAAUAUCGUGACAUUCCAGAGCACACAAAAACUGUUGUAACCAGUGAUGAAUUAUAUAAUCAGUCACCCAAGAAUGAUUAUUAUCAGUGCAGAACCAAAUCCGAUCCAACAAUUAACAUCCACUACUCAUCUAGUCAGACUUUAUCCAGACCUUCAGGUAUCUAUGGGAAAACACUGGCCACACCCCCUCCAUACAGUCCUGCACCACCUUAUGUAAAAUCUUCAAACGCUAAAGGGGAAGGACGAUGCACAAACAGGUUAUCCAGUGAUUUAGCAUUUAAUCACAGAGACUCAGCUCGCAGUGCUUCAUCACUUGCUGCCAAUUCUGUCAUUGACAAUUUUAUUGUGAAUCAGCAGAGUUUAUCUCCAUGUGGAUUUCACGGUAGUGAUCCAUACAUUGACCUGCCUACCUCAGAUAGAGAAAAGUUAGGCUCCAGAGACUUUGAAGACAGUGACCACAAAAGGCAAAAUCAUUUCUGCACCAGUGACUCUUACAGAUCCCACAGAGGCACCCCAACACAUAACUCAGACAGCAGUUCAUCACACAUAGGAUCUGCUUCCAUGACAGGGUCAGUCUAUGUUUCAGGAAGAGGUCCAGUGGGACGUGGUCGUUCAAACUCUUUUGAUUCACAGAUAGAGGUCCAUAAUAAUUCUUCUCCUGCUGAAUCUCCUCAUUCAGUCAGUGUUUAUUCAUCUCAGUCAAGAUCCAGGAAGCAAGAUCUCCAUGAGCCCUAUUCUCUUUCAAUAGAUCCUGGAAACUAUGAGGAACUUCUAACAACCACGAACCAGGAGCACUCUUCACAGGUUUCUAGUUCCUCUGACAGCGGAUAUGGUCAUGGACAACAUGUGUAUGAAUUCAUAGGUGAUCAUUUAAGGGCUAAAGGAGAAAAAUUCUCAUCCACUCAAGAGGAAUCUGUGCCAGCAAAAUUAAGCAUAAAUUCAGCUUCAUCAUCUCAAAGACAAGUGUCUGUUAAAGGAUCAUUAAAUGUCUUGUCAAAGGAUACCACUCCUGCUAAAGACCUGUCCAAGGCAGGUCCAACUACACAGGAACAUAAAGAACAGUUUCGCGUCACUAUCAAGAAAAACCCUGGACUCGGAUUUUCCAUAGCUGGAGGUAUUGGUUCCCAUGGUAACCCGUUUAAUGAGGAGGAUAUUGGCAUUUUUGUGACUAAGGUCAUCCCAAAUGGACCUGCAUCAAAAUUUCUGCGACCUGGAGACAAAAUAUUACAAGUUAAUAAAGUAGAUUUUCAAGUCAUUGAUCACAACCAGGCAGUAGCUGUUCUCAAGAAAAACAAUGUUGUCACUCUUCUUUUGGAAAGAGUACAGAAAGUCAAUGUAGUCUAA